AUGGAGAGCUCAGCGGACAAGCCGAGAGAAAAGAAUUUGUCUCCACAUGACUCCCUCACGAGCUCACCACUGUCUUCUGCUGACAUAGAAGCUAAUGGAGUCGACAUAGAAGACAUCGACGACUACGUUGCAGACCCUAUUGAUAGGUAUGCAACGAGAGCCAGUCUCGCCCAACGAGCUAGAUCUCUGACUAGAUAUGGCGGUGUGCCGCCAAUGGGUGGUAACAGGGCAUGGCCGGCAAAAAUUCUAAACGAAGACGAAUAUAAAGUGGAAUUUGAUGGCCCGGAUGACCCUCUCUGCCCUUUUAAUUGGUCCAACACCAAGAAGUUCACGAACGGUUUCAUUAUGACAUACCCCUCCUUAGCCCUGGUAUGGGGCUCUGCUAUUUAUGGCUCUGCUCUCGAGUUUAUUGAGGUGGAGUUCCACGUUGGGCAAGCAGUGUCUGCGCUUGGCAUUUCGCUCUACAUUUUAGGAUUCGCUUGUGGUCCUGUUUUUUGGGGACCAUUGUCAGAGGUAUACGGUCGUAGAUUACCUCUUGUGUGCUCAUUAGUUGGCUUGACGUGUUUUAGUUGGUGGGCUGCGACAGCGGAUAAGUUUUACCAGCUGAUGGUUUAUCGCUUCUGCUGCGGCUCGAUCGGAGGUGCGUCAAUGUCGAUUAUUCCAGCGGCUAUGGGAGAUAUUCUACCUGUACGCUCGCGAGGAGUGGGAAUUUCAAUGUACUCGCUGUGUGUCGUUGCCGGCCCAGCGAUCAGUCCGAUGGUGGGAGGCUUCUUAGCGCAUUCCUCUAUGGGAUGGCGCAGCACACUCUACUCCUCUGCUAUUAUGGCGAGUGUUGCUUUAGUGCUAGUUGUUUGUUUCUUGUCUGAAACCUACCAUCCGGUGAUUCUCAAACAGAAGGCCCGUACAAUUCGUUCGGCGACAGGGAAUCAAUUUGUAUUUUCAGCUCACGAGAGAGUGGAAUUAGAUCUGAAAGUUGUUUUGGAUAAGGUUAUAACUGUGCCGUUUCAAAUGCUUUUAACAGAACCAAUUCUUAUGCUAACAGCUACUUACCAAGGAUUCUUAUAUGGCGUGCUUUAUUUGUGUCUAGACGCCAUUCCAAUUAUUUUUACUAGCUACGGCUGGAAAGGCGGCGUGGUAACGCUUCCCUAUAUUUCAUUGUUUUUGGGUGCAGUUGUUGCUAAUGUUACGAACCUUACUAUCUUCGAUCCAAAAUUCAAAAGAGACCUCGCCAAAAGCGGAAAGCAGGUUUACCCCGAAGCUCGUCUUCCGAUGAUGAUGGUGGGGUCAUGUGUUUUUCCCACUUCAAUUUUCCUACUGUGCUGGUCUGGUGCUUAUAAGGUCCAUUGGUUUGUACCCACUCUUGGCCUGUUUUUCCUUGGAUACGGCCUCAUUACUUUGUUUCAACCUAUCAUUAAUUACACUGUCGACACGUUUAGGCUAAGGGCUGCAUCUGCAAUGGCCGCUAAUGUGUUUGUUCGCUCGGGACUGGGCGCUGCAUUCCCCAUUUUCGGUAAAGCCAUGUUCAACAACCUAGGGACUCAAUGGGCUGGUACUCUUCUUGGCUGCUUAGCAUUACUGUUGAGCCCUUUUUCUUUCAUAUUCUACCGUUGGGGCCCUAAGCUUCGGGCAAUGUCAAAAAGCACGCAGCAAUAA